GCUUUGCUUGCCGCGUUUGUGCCCAUCCGCGAAAAGGGUCGCUUGGCCCUUUGGCAUCCCGCCUGCCUUCUCGCUCACCGGCUUCCCCCAACCCUCCAUCAACCUCGCUGAAUCCCUGCCCUGGCGCAGCAGCAGCAGCAGCCGAUUCUGCAUCCGCUUUCUCGGCAUCCCCUGCAUCCUCUUCCCCUGCAUCCUCGUCCUCUGCAUCUCGGCAGCUUUGGGCCCUGCUCGUCGGCGAUCUUUCCUCGUCCCGCUUGCCUGUCUGCUCGCCGCUGCCCGUCCGAUUCCUGGCUUUCCAAUCCACUCGUUGGAUAUGCCCCGCACCUCCUCGUCACGUCGUGGCAGCCGCAAGGCUCCUCCGGCAUCGCAGGAGCCCCAGCAUCUCUCGCAGAGCCAGUCGAAAUCGCAAGCCAGCAUCAAGAGCUUCCUCCACACCCACGAUGACUCAACGGCCCGGCGACCUCGGCGAACCAGGGCCAACCAGCCGCCCGAUGACUCUGAUGCCUUUCACCCUGUGGCCGGGGCCCGCCCGCUGCCAUCGACAGAAGACUACGAGCUCCAUCGGGUGCUUGAAUUGAGCCGCAAAGAGUUCCAGGCACAGCAGUCUCGACUCCUGGUCGCUGCAAAACCUCAACACAUCCAACACAUCCCACAGAUCCCUCAGACCCGCGAAAAGCCUCCAGCCGUGCCGGCGCCACGACCGUUUGCCGCCCUGGGCUCUCCUCCCAGAGUCUUUCGGGUGACCGAUGUCGACGACAUCAUUAUCGAUAGCGAUGACGACUCGUCGACAGCAGUGACGGCGGCCUUGACGACCAAGCAGCUUCGCAAAUCCCGGACCUCUGCAGCAACCAACGCAUCCUCUACCAAAGAUACCGCACGCUCUCCAGCACCGGCCGCACUCGCACCCGCAUCCACUCGAAAAACUCGCUCAGCUGCCCGGGCCACCCGCAUUUGCAUCGAGGCAACCCAGGACCACAGCGAGAACCCAGAUCGUGUCUCCUCCACCAUCAUCCCAGCAACCCUCGAUGCUGGCCCACGGCCCACGGCCGGCUCCGUGCCUGCCCGUACCUCGCUCCGGCGUCGCUCGGCUCCCGCCCAAGGCCAGCGCUCUCCUCGAGCCAUCGGCGUUGCUGAUCCGAUUUCUGAUUCUGACGACGAUGCCGUCGCGGCCAGGGCAUUAGAGCUCCGUCGUAUCUCGACGCCACUCAAGCUCGUCAGCAGCAACUCGUAUCCAACGCCCUCGUCCCGGCGUCCCAAAGCUACAUCCGAAUUCGGGUCUCGGCGCACGCCCACUACCGGUUCAUCCCCGAAAUCGGACAGCCUCAAGUCCCCCACUCUAAGUCGGAGCGCAAGCAUGCCCAUGGACCGUGCGUCUCUGGCGGAACCAACAGUAGCGCAAACGCAAGUCCAUCGCCAACAUCGACACGCUUUUGGAUUCAUUCCACAUGCAGCAGCGUCGUUGGGUACGACGCCCAGCAAAGAUCUCUCUCCGAAUACCUCCUCGCAUACCCAGCCAUCGCAACAGCUGCUCCUGACAGCCGUUCCCUCGAACAGCGACAUCCGCGCCCCUGAUGCUUCCUUUGCGCUGCUCGAUCUCGAAGAUCCCCAGUCUCUCCCGUCACCGUACAGCCUGGAGCUAAACACAGGCGGCUCCGUCGCCCUUGCUCAGCUCUCUCACGCACAGAGUACUAAGCAUGCCGUGACAGAUGAAUCAGAAAGCGACGUUGCAGACGACGAUGUGCUCGUGGAGCUUAUGCUCAAGCCCAGCCGGAAGAGGGUCCGUCUGGUGCCAAGCCCAGACGAUAACGAGAAAGAUGCUAUCCUGGACAAAUCUGAGUCACACGAGCUGAGUUUCAGAAGUGCCCGUGCUUGCUCGGCCAAGACGCCAAUCCCAGCCGGGCAAGUACAAAAACAAUCUGGCUCUAGGGCUGAUAGCCUGGACUGGAACCCAAAGUAUGCCUUUUCGAGCAAGCCCCUGCUCUGUGUUCAGAACUCGAUGGGCUCCUCUUGCGCUGAUGAAGACUCGGAUGCCGGUGAUAGCUUCCAGUUGGCCGAUCUGAUCUGUGCUCCUGAUGGCAGCCGAUGUGGUGGCUCAUCGGUCGACAAGAACAGUGAUGCCGCGCAAUCGUCGCAGAUCGCAAGCUGCAUGUACAUUCCUGAAACGCUCUAUCCCGAGUCGCCUGUAUCGGACGCCAUGUCGGACUAUCGGUCGGGGAUCUCCGACAGCGCUUUCCUCACGACCGACUCGCACCCUCGCCCAUCGAACAAGCGUCUUGACUCACUCGUCGAUGAGAUGGACAUUCCAUGCGGUCAAGAUGGCGGUGUCGAUAGCGAGAUGCAUGGAUCCCUGCCUCCUCAUCUCCUGGUUAUGGAGACACUGGCCGAUGACAUGAAUUACGAGGACGACGGGGACGAAAGCCCAAAUAUCAUAGAAAGCACAUCCAAGCCCCCAAAUCCUCCCACUGUCAACGCACAGAGUCAGAACGCUCUUGGUUCGACCUUGGUGGACACACUCAACGUUCGUCAGAGCCUAGCACUGACAGCUGAUCAACACUCUGGCUGCGAGAGCGUCGGGAAGGAUCAUGACAAAGGCUACGACUCACCCUGCCCUAAUAGUCUGCCGGCAGAGCAGUCGUUUCACAGUGUCCGACCUACAGACGGCCCAUCACUACAACACACAUCGGGGCUCGGCCACCUUGCUGCCGAAACGCUUGUGGAUGUGGCCAUCGAUGGCCCGGAUAACGAAGACGCCAACCCAUAUCCGAACAGCAGCACCCUCAUCGACAGCCUCAGCACCGACAAAGUUGAUGAGGUUGGAAGGCACAGCAUCAGCGACGACAACAACCAUGCUCAUCAAAGCGACAACAGCAGCGACGAGGGUGAGCCCAGCUCGUCCUUGAAUAUUGUGUCGGCAUUUGUCCCAAGCCAGGAUCUUGUUGUCACGCACAUCGGCACUGAGUCUGAGAAGACUGUAGAAGAUACCGCUGCGAGCCAGCUCAUGAUUCCAACGUCUUACGUGCCUGCUACGCGGCCCAGUUCGCUGCCAAAGGCCGGCACUUCCAAGCCAGCGCGACCAUGGACCGUCCUCUCUGGUGCUAUUCCUCAGUCCCCAGCACCCUUUGUGAUCCAUCUCAGCGACGACGAAGGAAACGAAGCACCGUUUGCUAGGCGGCCCAAGCCAAGAUCCCUGAAUGCCAUUAUUACAAUCUCGGAUGACGAAGAAACCCUCCCUGACGCUCAAGCGACUGUUGGCUAUGCUAGCGACGGCUCAGUUCCAAGUCUCGCCAGAUCUCUCUCCGGAAGGCGAAGGCGUGUCAUUGUCGAUGAGAGCGAUGAUGACGGCGAAAAGCCCCCUCAAUGCCAGCCCAAGCGGCCUGUGCUCCAGCCUCAGCCGCCUGCUGAGGUGUCUGACGGUCUUGCCGACGACAUUACCGAGUUUUCGACAGGCAGGUUAACAGCGGUUCCCUCGUCGGUUCCAAGAGCAGCCCCACGUCGGCAGCUGCCCGCGCAGCCGCCACUCGGUCCUGAAGCGAACCAUGUCCCUCGCCGGCCUCUGAGAAUGCAGCCCACUGUCAUCGACGAUGUAGAAGACGGCCAAUCGUUCGAAGGCGCACCUGGUGGCGAAGUUGGUCGGAAUGCAUACAACUCGCGCCGUGUGAAUGCGGGGCCCUCGUUCUCGCCGUCACUGAUGCAUAAUGGCGAUGGGAAUGACGGCGACGACGGCGACGACGGCACUCUAGAGUCCCAGGACGACGACUUUUCGCCAUCGAUUGAAUACUCGCUGCAACCAUCGGCAGGCAUGAUCUUGGAGCGGCCCGAAGGCUUUGUGAACCUCAAGGAGCUCCAGCGACAGACGGGGUCGCUGGGUGAGUACGCGGGGUAUCUCGAUCAGUUCAAUCUUAGUUCCAAGAAGCCCUCUGUGUCGACUUCGCCACGGACCCGGACCCGGAAGCGCUCAGCGCCGGUUGCGUCGCCUUCGUCUUCGUCGCGGUCGCGGGGCACCAGCAGAAAGGGCGCUGGCCGUCGUCGAUUCACAAAGUCCAGAAAGUCCAGCAACAGCGGCGUCGGCGGUGGUAGUGGCAGCAGCGGCUCCGGCCGGCGAGUUCGGGCGAUGACCUUGAGCAGUGGCCCUGUAUCGCAGGAUCUGAUCACGCCCCGGUCUCAGCCAGCAGCCAAAUACCACAACUACUACAAGAGCGCACCUGACGUCGAUUCAUUUGCGCACUUUGGCGGCGGCAUGGGGUGGGAGGGAAUCGGGCGACAGGGUAUUUGACACCAUCGCUCGUCUGCACUGUUCCAGGACGCCCGAACGACGGACACUCCUGGGUUUUGAAUACAGCACUCUCCAAC